AUGUCCCUAGCGGAUAGAAUGUCCUUGGCGGAGGAUUAUUUGGCACACUUGCAUACCCGCUCAGAGGUACAUACACCAAAAGACACAGUUAGACACCUCUGGCUCAUGAUGAACGGAUCGGCGAAUGCCACUAACGUUGCUGCCGCCUCGUUUAAGAGCACCCUGUCAUGGAGGCUUAUCCGUGUGUUUCAGGAGGUCUACUCCAUUUUGCACCAGAACUCCCAGCAGACAUUGAAUGAACGGCCAUUAUUCGGCUCUGGUCCACCCAACCCCACACAACUCACGUCCGGAGCCCUGCCAGGACCCGCAGCUGUUCCCGAGCAAUCUUCAUUCUACGGUUUUCUCUACUAUUGCAUCUCGUCCUACGCAUUCCUCUGUAUGAUUAUGGCAAUAGUCAUCAACCGAACGACGGUUUUUGCGUCCACAAGGGACCACCGGAAGCUCCCCAGAGGCAGUCUCUGUGUUCUCCGCAUACUAGCGAUCGUGCCUCUAAUCUUCUGUUUGAACAACUUAUUAAUAGCCCUCAAGUUCUACUCGCCCGGGUGGGGUCGAGUGCUACAACCGGUUACCAUGUUUGACUACGACGGGCUGAGUUACGGAAAUUCGUCUUAUAUGCAUCCGUUCGAGCCUCUGAAAGGCAUGAUGGUGCCGAAACACGACUUCAGACCCGGAGGACCCACCACUGACUUUUUCUGGCCGUUGUAUCUCUCCAUCUGUUGGUCGCAGUACUUGGAGGUGUUCAUUUCCGUUGCUAGCAGCGUCCGCGUGCCAAACACCGAGACGGGACUUACGCUCUUCGAGCUCUCUUUGGUAUUCCAGGAGGCGAGCUUGCACAAGUAUCCCAACACGGAUGUGCUUGUGAUCAUUCUCACGUCGCUUGUGAGCCAGUUGAGCAUCCAGCUCUUGGGUUGCUGGCCGCGCGUGGCAAAGGAAUACCGGUUGGUUCCGUCCACUCUUAUCGGCUCCAGCUUCCUCGUCUACUUUGGGCACAAGUUUUUUACAAAGUCCAUUUUCGACCUACCACACAUUAUCAUCGUGGCAUACCUUCCGCAUUUAAUUAUGGCAGUGGUGGUAGUUGUCUGUGGGGCCAUCUCCCUUAUGACGUGCACGUUUACACAGGCGCGAUUCGCCGACUUGAGCAUCUGGAACAUCUACAAUGUGGACGAUCCGCAGGCGGUAAAAAUGUCAGACGAUUUCUACACGUCUUUAGCCAACAUCAGCGCCAUGGCCAGUAUCUCCGCUGCCAAAUUGAAGCACGUGGCGCGUUCGCAGAUGUUGACCUACCGCAGCGAAACGUUUAUCGACGAGAUGGCCAGACUGGCGCAAGAGGGGAGGGUGGGCUAUGCCCAUGCCGUUGACUUUCCAUUGGAUGUGAUCAUCACCUCCACUCAGGAGAAAAAAACCUCUCCCGACCCGUUUGUCGACCCUGUUGAGGAGUUAUUCUCUCUGACAGAAACAAACUCGAGUUUCUUCAAUCGCCAGUUUCAUUUAAUCCGCACGUUACGCUUGUUCUACCAGUUGCUCAAAUCGUUGCGGUCCAAAUCCGCGCCUGAGUUUUUGGUCAAAAUGUACCCAGAGUUGGAAGAGGGAACGGGCCGAAAAGACGAUAAAAGGAAUGCGUACAUAACUGACGAUAUCAGCGAGGAGGAUUUGGCCCAGGACUAUGUCAGGUUGUUGACUCUGGGGGACUUUAACGAGGUGGAUACAUCCGAAGAUUUUUACGCGUGGGAAGACCUUUCCAGCGACAGUGAAGUGGAACCUGGCUACACUACCGGCCAUAUUGAUGUCUCUCUACAAACUGGGGGUGUUGCAAACGACUCGGAAGAAGAUCUUGUGAAUGAGGUAAUUAGUCCGCGAGAAGUGCUCCAUCUCUUAAUGAACUCCUCCGACCUGUCAGAGCACUCGGACCAUCCAGCUUAUUUAAAGUUGCACCUCUCCAAUCGGCAGCCCAACCUCCCGCUAACCCGAUCACGUUUCAACCAGCUUGUGCAAACGAGCCUGUCGGAUGAGCCCUUUUCCGCCAAUGGUGGCAGAGACAAGGACGCAUAUACCCUCCUCAGCGUCAUCCAGGAGAAACGGCAGUUGAGUGAUACUCGGAAGAUGGCAGAAGAAGACGAAGAUAUAACUUUAAAUCUCAGCUGUGUGGUGUGCCAAUCGAAUUACCGUGAUAUCAUCUUCUGGCCCUGCAAAUGCUUUGCCAUUUGCGACGGGUGUCGGGCUAGUUUGUCGCUCAGAGAUUUCGACAAGUGCGUCUGCUGUCGCAGAGAUGUUAACGGGUUUAGCAAGGUAGACUUUAAAAUCCCGACAAAGCUCCUUGUGAAUGCAUACCUCGAGGGAACCCUCUUCUAUGUGCACCGACCCCUUCCGUCUUACUGGGUGACGCGGCUAAAAUGUUUAGACUACGUCUUUGCAUCGUGGCACCCUUUUUGGUUGCAAAUUCACUCCAAUACCGUUAAUUUUGACUCUCAACGGGAACUCGUUUAA